AAGUUGCUCUGGCUCUUGCUGCUGCACAGGUGGAGGUUGGACUUCCUGGGUCAAACAUUGACUGCUGCCUCCAGCUCCAGCGGGGUCUGUGGGGGGACAGAUCUGCACUAACCCCCCUCUGUGCCCGGGGGACUUUCUCCGGUGGCUGGAACCAGCCCCGGGCUCUGCCGACACCAGCCCCUGAGCCGGAGCCUGCAGGUUGCAGAAUAAAAUCCACAUUUGCUCCAGUUCAUCCCAUCCAUGGAGAGACGAGGAAGGGAAAUGGCUGCAGCGGAGCCGGUGACCUUCGAGGAGGUGGCUGUGUAUUUCACUGAGGAAGAAUGGGCCCUGCUGGACCUGGGUCAGAGAGCCCUGUACAGGAAUGUUAUGCAGGAGAAUUAUGAGACCGUGACCUCACUGGGAUUCCCAGUUUCCAAACCUGAUGUGAUCUCCCAGCUGGAACAAGGGGAGAGGCUGUGCAUUUCUGAUCUCUGGGACUAUGAGGAAAGGGAGAUUCUGAGAGACCCCCACACAGCAGGUGAUGGGAUGGUGAGUGAGAAUGAGGAGGAAAAUCCUCAUCAGGAAGGUCCUGAGCGAGUGGAGCCACAGGGAAUAGUAUCAGGAAGAGCUGAAGGGCAUGUUUCCCAGAGUCCUGAGCAGGGAGAAGCCUGUGAAAUUCAGCGCAGACCAAAAAGGAAGCAGGGAAACCACUCAGAGGAGAGAUUGGGUAAAUCCACUCACAAGAGCAGAGGCAUCAAGAAAAUCAAAGAAACUGUUCAACAGAGAAUCCCCACUGGAGAGAGUCCCUACUCAUGUGGUGACUGUGGGAAAAGCUUCAGUCAGAGCUUAACCCUUAUUCACCAUCAGCGAAUCCACAUGGGAGAGAAACCCUACAAAUGUAAUGAGUGCGGGAAAAGUUUCAGUGUGAGCUCAAAGUUUCUAUUACAUCAGAGAACUCACACAGGAGAAAGACCCUAUGACUGCCCCGUGUGUGGGAAAAGUUUCAGUGUGAGCUCCAACCUUAUUCAACAUCAGAGAAUCCACACGGGAGAGAAACCCUAUAAGUGUCCCGACUGCGGGAAAAGCUUCAAUCAGAGUUCAAACCUUCUGUCACAUCAGAGAAUCCACACGGGAGAGAAACCUUUUGAAUGUCUCGAGUGCAGGAAAAGCUUCAGUCGUAGAUCAACCCUUCUAUCACAUCAGAGAAUCCACACAGAAGAGAAACCCUAUACCUGUGCUGAGUGUGGGAAAAGCUUCGGUCACAGUGCACAUCUUACUAGUCACCAGAGGACCCACACAGGAGAGAAACCCUACAAAUGCAGUGAAUGUGGGAAAAGCUUUAGUCAAAGCUCAAACCUUUAUACACAUCAGAGAAUUCACAUGGGAGAGAGACUGUAUAACUGCCCUGACUGCGGGGAAAGCUUCAGACUGAAGUCAACUCUUGUUACUCACAAGAGAAUCCACAUGGCUGAGAAACCCUUUAAAUGCCCCGAAUGUGGGAAAAGCUUCAAUGCGAGCUCAGCCCUUAGGAAACAUCAGAGAAUCCACAGUGGAGAGAGACCCUAUAAGUGUCUUCACUGUGGGAAAAGUUUCUGUAGCAGCUCAGCCCUUUGUAAUCAUCAGAGCACCCACCUUGAGGACAGACCCUACAAAUGCAAUGAGUGCAGGAAAAGCUUCAGUCAGAGUUCCAACCUUAUUCAGCAUCAGAGAAUCCACACAGGAGAGAGACCCUAUAACUGCUCCGACUGUGGGAAAAGCUUCAGUCGGAAAUCAACCCUUAUUAAGCAUCAGAGAACCCACGUGGCGGAGAGAGACCCUAUAAGUGAGAGAAAUGUGGGAAAGGCUUCAGUGAGAGCUCAAACCUCAUUACAUAUCAGAGAAUCCACACGGGACACAACCCCUAGGAAUGGGUCAUGUGUAUAAGACCUCUGUUGAGUACCAUGAACCUCAAAGGGUCAGGCCAGGCUGGAGUGGCCCUGUAAUGAGGACCUGCAAUAGUUAGUUAGUAAAGCAGAGAAUGAAAUCACAUGCCUGGAACAAAGCUGUGUAGACCAAGAGGCUGAGAUAAAAUUCCCAUGUUGUCAUGAGAUUUGUUUAUUGCACUCCCCCCGCCCCACACACACACUCCCACACAUACCUCGCCAUGUACCCCUUACGUCCACACACCACCCCCAUCCAUAUACAUCUGACUCAUACCCCUAGGACUAUGAUUCCCAGUGGGGGGCGGAUGCUGUUUGCUCAGGGGAACAACAUCCUUGACUUCCAAAAGAAAGUGAAAUUGUCUUUCUACAUGCUUCAGUACAAAAAAUGUUCUUCCCAUACUUUAAAGCUCCCUCUCUCUUCUCUGGGCCAUCAGAUAAUCAGAAGGAUUUUUAAUGAUAUGCAAGAAGGAAUAGUAAUAGCACAGCUGCAGGAAGGGAAACUAAACCCAUCCGAAACCUAACCGGUACUGAAGUCUACUCAGAACCCUUACCAAUUCUGAAAUAAGGGGAAAAAAUCUUGCUCUUCAAAUAGCCACGACAAACCCAUCAGUGAAAUUUAUAAUCUUAAAAAAUAAAAAGUGGAAUGGCUCAUCAAGGGCAUCUGCUUACUUUUAAAAGAAAUAAUGAGUCCUUUGGCUGCCAGGCAGAAAUGAGGGAGAGUUGCAGAACAGGUGUUCGUCAAUCAUGCUGGGCAGCAGGAGGAGCACACUCAAAGCACAACAGAAAAACCUGGAGGAAAAAAAAACCCUUUCUCAUAGAAUCGUAGAAAUGCAGGGCUGGAAGGGACCUUGAGAAGUCAUCAAGUCCAGCCUCCUUCUCCAUGGCCAGCGGACCAAGUAAACCUAGACCAUCCCUGACAGGUGUUUGUCCAACUUGUUUUUAAAAGCUUCCGAUGAUGGGGACUCCUUGACCUCCCUUGGAAGCCAAUUGAAGAGCUUAACAACCCUUAUAUUUAGAAAGUUUUUCCUGAUAUCUCACCUAAAUCUCCCUUGCUGCAGAUUAAGCCCAUCACUGCAUGUCCUACCUUCAGUGGACAUGGAGAACAAUUGUUCACCAUCCCCUUUAUAACAGCUCUCAAGACUAAACAUGCCCAUUUUUUUAAAUCUUUACUCAUAGGUCAGGUUUUCUAAACCUUUUAUCAUUUUUAUUGCUCUCCUCUGAGCUCUCCCCAGUUUGUCCACAGUAUUUCAGUUGGGGCCUCACCAGUGCUGAAUAGAGCAGGACAAUUACUUCCUGUGUUUUACAUACAACACUUCUGUUAAUAGACCCCAGAAUCAUACUAGCCUUUUUUGCAGUUGUCACAUUGACGACUCAAAUUCAGUUUGUGGUCCACUAUACACUCCCCCUCUUCUCCCUCCCCCUCCCCCCGCCCUGGUUCUUUUCAGUAGUACUACCACCCACACAGUUGUUUCCCAUUUUAUUGUUCUGCAUUUGCUUUUUCCUUCCUAAGUGAAGUCCUAUGCACUUGUCUUUAUUGAAUUUCAUCUUGUUGAAUCCAGACCAAUUCUCCAAUUUGUCAAGGUCAUUUCGAAUUUUAAACCUGUCCUCCAAAGUGCUUGCAACUCCUUCUAGCUUGCUGUCAUCUGUAUAUUUUAUAAGCAUACUCUCUACUACAUUAUCGUGUCAUUAAUUAAAAUAUUGAAUAGUACCAGACCCAGGACUGAUCCUGGUGGGAACCCACUAGAUAUGAUCUCCCAAUUUGACAGUAAACCAUUGAUAACUACUCUUUGAGUAUGGUCUUUCAACAUGUUGUGCACCCACCUUAUAAUAAUUUCCUUUAGAUCACAUUUCCCUAGUUUGCCUAUGAAAAUGUCAUGUGGAACUCUGUCAAAAACCUUACUAAAAUCAGGUUAUAACACAUCUACGGCUUCCUCCCAGCCACUAAGUCAGUAAUCCUAUCAAAGAAGGAAAUUGAAUUGGUUUGGCAUGAUUUGUUCUUGACAAAUCUAUUGUGACUAUGCCUUAUAACCUAUUAUCCCCCAGGUGCUUACAAAAUGAUUCAUACUUUGCUCCAGCAUAUUUACAUCUAGUGAAGAUAAGCUGACUGAUCUAUAAUUCCCCAGGUCCUUCUUGUUCCCUUUUUUAAAGAUAGGUACCAUGUUUGCCCUUCUCCAGUCUUCUGGUGCCUCACUGUCCUCCAGAGGUUCUCAAAGAGAAUUGCUAAUGACUUGGAGAUUGCUUCAGCUAGUUCUUUACCUACCCUGGGAUUCAUUUAAUCAGGGCCUGCUGACUGGAAUACAUCUAACUUAUCUAAAUAUUCUUUAACCUAGUCUUACCCUAUUUUGGUUUGCUUUCUUUCCCCCGGUUGUCAAUAUUAAUUGUGUUGAGUAUUUGGUCAUCAUUAAUCAUUUAAGUGAAGAUUGAAGGAAAAUAGGCAUUAAGUGUCUAUUAAUGCUCUCCUGGGGGAGGGAUAGCUCAGUGGUUUGAGCAUUGGCCUGCUAAACCCAGGGUUGUGAGUUCAAUCCUUGAGGGGGCCACUUGGGGAUCUAGGGCAAAAUCAGUACUUGGUCCUGCUAUUGAAGGCAGGGGGCUGGACUCGAUGACCUUUCAAGGUCCCUUCCAGUUCUAGGAGAUGGGAUAUCUCCAUUAUAUUAUUAUUAUAUUAUUCCUGCUAAGUAGAGUGCCCACACUUUUUGUUGUCUUUCUCUUGCUCCUAUGUAUUUAAAGAACCUCUUCUUAUGGACUUUUCUGUCCCUUGCCAUGUGUAACUCAUUUUGUGCCUUAGCCUUUCUGCUUUUGUCCCUAUAUUCUUGUGCUGUUCUUUUGUACUACUCCUUAUUGAUCUGACCAUGUUUCCACUUUUUGUAGGAUUCCUUUUUGAUUUUCAGGUCAUUUGGAAUUAAGCAAAAAACCGGCAGGCUGCAACUUUGUUUAAAAAAACCCAACAACAAUAAAAGUCUUAAAAGAAAACCCAAAACAUCAGUGCAACUUUGCUUUUUAAAAGCAAUGUUGGCACAGAACCCAACAUACUAGGUGGGUAGCCACCUAAGCUGCCCAGUGGAGGAUGCCACCGGGAGAGGAGUCUUCUAAGCCCCAUCCCUUUUAUGGAGAUAGAUGCCUGCCUCUUCCUUUAAGUCAGGAACUGGGGAAUUUAGAUGUUCCUCUGCUAAUGGGGUUUGAUACAGAAGUCACAUUCAGAGGCCACCUAUCUCCACACAACACAGCUGGGAAGGAAGCAGAUGGAGGAGCUCUUUCAUAACCUUUAGCUUCAUGGCUAUUUUAUUCACCCAGGAUGUGGGAGACACCUAGUUCAUGUCCCCCCACCCCCACCUGCUGAGGCAAAGGGAUUUGAACAGGGAUCUUGCACUUCUCAGGAGAGUGGCUGAACUACCAAAGUAUGGGAUACUCUGAUGUGAGUGUCUCAUUGUCUCUCCUAGCAAAGCAGUUCCACUGUAUAUAAAUACUUAAGGAGUCAUUGGGCCAGAGUGAGAGUGUGAGAAUGAUUCCACAGCCUGUGGGUCAGGGCAUCCACCGAUAAGGUGGGUGACUCUGGAUCCAAUCCCCCUUCUCCAAUGAUUGUAAGAUCCUAAGUCCCAUCACUCACCACAAAGAAGGCUGUAUGCUGAACAGCAGAAGGAAGGGUGAGAAAUUGCACCUGCUUCAAAGCGCAGAAAGAUUUAGGAAAUCAAAACUUGCUGCUACAAUUCCAUAGGGAUUUUCUGUGCUUCAAAGAAACAGAGCCUUAAAGAACAUAACUAGAGUAAGAUAGGGUUUGAAUCUGACAACAUUGCAGGUUUUGACUGCUUUAAACUGCAUGCUGUAACCUGUAGCUGCCAGACUUAUUGUUCACACCAUGGGAGUGUGGUGCUGGAUGCACUUAACUUUGCUUACUAAAUUAUCUGGCUUACUGCUUAAAAGAGCUACCCUUCAAAUGUUUGGUUUGAUGAGAACAUAACUAAAUCUCAGCUGUGCUGAUUGUGUUACUGUAUCUUUGUGGAAAUUAAUACUUUUGUUGUCUUGUUUCAGGUCCUAUCUUGAAGUGUUACUAAGAACUAGCAACUUUGUUAAUCACUGUUCUACUCUUUCCUGGAUUUUUCCCUCAGCACCUCCAGCUGUGCGGUUUUUGCAUGUGUGAGUGAGAAUUAAAUGCCAGUGAGAUCUCACCCUUGUAACAUUACACUGUGUGUGAGAGAAGUUAUUGUCUAACUUCAAAAAUCUCACGUCAGUCUUUAUUUGUGUGUGUUCUAAACUUUAGUAUAAUUUUGUACUAACUUCAGUUGUGUUGUGUGUUUCUAACUACAGAAUGAUCUAAUAUGUUUAUAUCUUACACUCCACACAAACCUUUUCCCAAUCUUGGAGUAGGAAUUUAACCAGUUCUUAUUUUACAUUUGUCAAUUUUAUAUACCAGUAGCAGGGUAUGGUACUUUGUGAUAGUUCUCUUUCUAUAUUUGAAUGUUACAAUGUUUACCUAUUGGUGUAUGGAAUUACCUUUAAUAAUCUCUCUCUCUCUUCCCCCUCCUCCCACCAAUUAACUCAAAUACCAGGAUCUCCCUGCAAUAUAGCACCUUUCAACUUUCUAAGAAAACUCCCUCGGUCUCCUUGACUAACUUUAAUUUGAAUACCUUGGUUAAUCAAACUGCUUUCUGAACUUUCACCCUUGUAAAAUUGCCUAUUAACGCCAUCAAACCAAAGCUAAUCCUCUCUCAUCUGCAUUGUUGUAUAAUAAUCAAAUUGGGUGAUUCUUGUACCUCAUUUAUUAUAUGUGUCAUUGUAACCAUUUCCAACUAGAUACGUGUGUCUAAACACGGCUGAAUUUCGAGCUGUGGUGAUCAUAUGACUUGCGAAUUUGCCUUAAAUCAUGCUUAGCCUCACAAUGCUACCUUUUAAAGACAGAAAUAAAAGAUGUAGUAAUGGUUUUGGUAGAUUUUGUGCUGUUUACACUACUUUCAGUGUUAUUGUUACUAUUCAACCUAUCUAGUUUCAUCCAAAUUUGUUUUGAGUUUAAACGUUUUAAUAUCAAGUUGAAUUAUAGUGUUUGUAAUCCAGUUACUUUACUGAGGUUAUACAUAGUUAUCUGAAAUGUUUUCUUUAAGAUUAGCUGUUAAAUUCUGUUGAUAAUACUUAGCUACAAGUGAAUUUUAUUGGGGGGGGGGGGACUGUUGAUGCUUGUUAGUAUCCUAAGUUAUUCUAUUUUAGAAUUUCAAGUUAGUUAAGAGGUUAUUUUAAGAGUUCAUACAUUGUAUCAUUUGUUUGAUUUACCUUUUUUCAGUUGGUGUGUCUCAAUUGGAUAAUCCUUGUGGAUUUAAUUUUUUGUUGGUUUCUUCAAUCAGUUUUGAGUACUUAAAUAAAUGUUUCCCUAU